GGUAUCAGGUUUGGUAAUGCCCGAUAGAUUGUUGAAAGUCCAAGGGCUUACUAGAACCAGGCUGGUACCGGAUUCUUGACGCCUGCAGUUACAUCUUUAUCCUAACAUCAACAAGUGUUUUUAUCUCACGAAAACGACCGCAGCUAUUGAGCGUUUUGCUAUUGAAAGGGAAGACCAGCGGUAGUUGAGUUCGGCAUGCUAUAAGGCAGCGGACAAUAAAACCAUCCACAAGCAUGGGCUGCGGCGCAAGCAAAAAUACCCAACAUGGCGGCUCGCAAUCGCAGGCUUCCCAGGAGAAGCCCACCGGAGUUGAAUUAUUGGGUGAACCCUGCCCUCGCCCGGUAGCGGACCCGUCAGAGCCCACGAAGUCCCGAAAGAAAGCCCCUCCGCAGGCCGCAGCACCAGCAGCAGCAACAGCGGAGGAGCUGCUGCGGGCAUGCGCCUCUGGCGACCUGGCUACCGUGACCCGCCUGCUGGUGGGGCAGGGCGGGCAGCAGCAGCAGGGGGGGCAGGGCAAGGAGCAGGGAGGCAAGGAACAAGGGGGCAAGGAGGAGCCACAGCAGGUCGGCGGGGUGCGGCCGGACUGCGCUCGGGACAAGGACGGCAACACCCCGCUGCUUGUGGCGGUGUGUGAGGGGCACGUGGCGGUGGUGGAGGCGCUGUUGGCGGCGGGGGCGGAGCGGGAGGCGCGCAACAAGGAGUCCCUGACCCCCCUGCUUGCUGCUGCGGGUGAGGGGCGGACCAAGCUAGUGGAGGCACUGCUGGCGGCGGGGGCGAACAGGGAGGCACGGAGCAAGUCCGGCGGCACGCCCCUCACAGCGGCCAGUGCGGGCAACCACACGGAGACGGUGGAGGCGCUGCUGGGGG